AUGGAUCAAGAGGGCGAAGAUCGCAAGCAAGUGGAAGACGAGAUCAUGUCUCGCUACGUUGAAGGGAUGUUGCACAACUCGAAGAACCACCUGGUCGAAGCUGAGGCAAGCUUCAAGCGUGCCUACCAACUCGCCAAGGACCUUUACAAGGAAGCUCAGGAGUCGAUCCGGUUUUAUGAGGAAGCAUGGAAGUCAGCACAAGACAAGUUGCAACAAGAAAAAGCUGCAAUAGCAACAAGUGAAGUCAAACAGGUUGAGGAAAAGAAGGAAGCUGGUAGUAGUGUCCGUGAUUCAACCUUGUAUCAUCCGACGGGAGAAGCUCGCAACCAGGCGAGAAGAAGUUCAAUGCAACUUGCGAUGUUUCAUCGCCGAUCUGCGCUAGACUCCAUGUCAGAGAGGAGGAAGAACAAGGCAAGGAUCGUAAUUCAGAAGCUGAUCAAUUCUACCCUCCAUUACGCUCUGUCAGAAUGGCGCAAGGCCGCGAAAAGCAGCUUAAAGGCAGAAGCAAAAGAUGGAGGAGGAGCUACGGAUGAUGGGGUCAAGGAGGCGAAUCGCAGCAACGACGACGAGAGUCUGGAGCAAAAGUUCGGGUUGGUCAAGAUGACCAUGGGGGAAUUGAGGAGAAGAGUAGAGGCUUCGAAGCAGCGACAUGAAGCCGUGAAUGAGGGCGGAAAUGUUGUAUCAAACACAAAAACUGAGUUCUUAGAAGACAUGCAUCUGUUUCCCAUCAGCACUUUGAUUCGAAUGUCAGCAGAAGCAAAGCAAGCUGUGCAGGAAGCAAUCUCUGUCAGAGACGAGCUUGAGAAUCGCUUAUCAACAAUAAGAGAUGUAUAUCACGUUAGAAGGAUCAAGUUUUUGAACGACGUAGAAGACGAGGAAAGAAGAAGAGAUGAGAGAAUCGCAAAGAUCACUGAGGAGGAGGAGAGGAAGAAGAAUUUCUACGUGAAUGCCAAAGGUGGAUAUGAAAAAGCGAUGAAUUUGACGCAGUCAAGAGAGCAUCUUGAGAAGGUGGGAAAUGAAAUGUCAAUGAUGUUUCAAAGAGAUUUCUCUCGGCUCGAGCAAGAGAAAGAGAGAGUUGGCAAAGAUUUCAAAGACUGGAGGACCAAGCAGGAACAGGAGAUACAGCAAAAGGAGGCAGAGUUGGAAGAAACGAAGAGAAGAUAUGAUGAAGCAUCCAAUGCAGCAGAGAUGCAGUCUCAAAAGUCUGAGAUGAUUGCGCGAGCGUUGAAGUUUUCAGAAAGGAUGGAGCUCGAAUAUGACACGGCAGCGGAGGUGGAGAAAAACUUGAUUUUGAAUGAGAUUGAGAAGGAGAUGCUAUACCAUGCUGGACUUGAUAAGUUUGAGAUAACUCGCAAGAGGCAGGAGGAGGAGGAGAGGGAAAGAGAGAGGUCUCUGACUGAUCAGUACAAUGCUAUGAUCCUGAGAAAAUUUGGAACGAGCAGUAGGGCGAAGCUCAACGAGUUGAAGUCUCAAUUUGAGUUUUUACACGACGGUCUUUUCAAGACGCAGUGCAGUUACGAUGACGGAGAUGUGAAGGAACGGGAGGAGGAGACGGCGGUGGUGUUUGCGCUUUCAAAGAGCAGUGGAGCAGGAGAGGACGAGGAUGCACUGAGCAUGAGGGAACUGCGGACUGAGGACCUCGUGGCUGACCUGCUGCUGACUGGAAGAGUUGGAGAGGAGGUCAGUCAUGAAGCUACAGAGGGUCUGCAAGGGAAGGAAAGGAUAGAGGACAUGAGGAGAUCUUGGCUGAUCAGCAUGCGGCAGCCUCUCCUGUCCGUCCUCGCUGACUUGUCGGCCACUGUGGGAGAGGGUGGAGCAGCUCAGCUGAGUGCCAUGGCCGGUGAGGGAUGUCGCGAUUCCAAGGAGAGGAUGCGUUCCUCCUGCCUGCAGCAGCUUCAGCUGGCGUGCGAUGCUGCGGCUGAGAGCAGAAAGCUGAUUGAUGCUCUGCUGGCCGCCGGCAAUCAACUCGCGGCCCACGCGUCGGAGACGCUGGGAGGAGGAGGAGGAGAUGUCACAGCGUUCCUUGACGCGCUUGCGGAGGGAAAGAGAGCUAGAGAUCUGUUUGCUGUUGCAGGAUCGAUAGGAGCCUGGCGCCUGUCGGAAAGCAGAGCAGGCGAGGCGACUUGCAAGGAGAUGGAGGAGAAGGCAGAAGGAGAGAUGGAGAGAAAGUUCGGCAAGGGGGUCACAACAAUGAGCAAGGGGAAUGCAGCUGUUUUGAACUCAGAGAUGGCAUCCAAGUUCUUCAGUGAGCAGCACCAACGCUUCUCCUCCUCCUCUGAGCUGAGUGUUCAAGUCCGAACAGACUUGUACGGGAUGUUGAGCCAGGGGAGGUCCGACGAGGAGAUCCUUCACGACAGAAAGCUGCAGGCUGCAGGAAUCGUCCUCACUCGCGCGACAGUCGCGGCUGUGCGCGAGGAUUGGAACGCAAAGAACGAGAUGAGGAGAGCGAUCCUGGGGCAUCGCUCUGAAGCAGCAGCAGCAGAUGGAGACAAGGGUGAGGAGGAGAGAAGGGUGGGGGAAGGGUUCGUAGGAGGGGACAGGCAGACGUGGACGCUGGUUGCCGGUCGGUGGCACUCAGUGUCGUCACGGCCUCAGCGCGGGUUGUGGUGGCGGCCCAGCGACUUCUUGCAGGUAGCGCAUGUUGACUUCGAGGUCAUCAGGAGAUCGAGCUUGCACCAAGUCGUCGCAAGGGUCCCUCCCUCCGACAGGACCCCAGCAGACUCGCACGUGCCGUCCCAUCACCGUCCAAGUGAGCACGGGAGACCCUCCCUAGUCCCAGGAGAGGAGCUGGUCCUGAGAGGCCCGGAGCAGCCCUCCUCUCCUUCAUCCUCCCAGCAGGUCAGCCCCUGGAUCGGAACGUCCAAGAAGAAUAAAAACGCAGACGCGCCGGCUGUGGCCUACGACGCGAGCGAAGACUACCAGAAGCAGGUCAAUCUCCUCCCGCACGGCGAUCACCUCAACGUCUCCAGCAAGCCUCGAUCGCGAUGGAACUCUUCCUCCUUCUCUGACGGGACUGCAGGCCCGAUGGUGCUAGAGGCUGUCAACAGAAUCUCUCACGGUCGAGGAGCUGAGAACCUGCCGGGGAGGCGAAGAGACGUCGAGGUCAACAUCGUCGACAUGAUCAGAAGCUGCUUGCUCACUCGUCAUGACACCGACCGACACGUCUCACUGGUCGCCAUGGACAUCGACGAUGAGACUUGCGAGUUUCUCUGCGACCUGGAGCACGACCUCGUGCCUCCUCUCCCAUCUGAAAAUCUUCAUCUCCAUCUCCGGUCCAAUAAGAUUGCAGACAGAGGGAUGCUUGCGGUCUCGUUGGCUAUAUGGCAGGAGAGGAGCGUCUUUGGCAACCUGCGCUAUCUGGAUCUUCGCUCGAACAUCAUCGGGGACUCAAGUAUGAUCGUCUUUUCUCAACUUCUUGCCGUCAACAAUCGCAUUGCUCAUCUUAACCUUGCUGACAACAAGAUCGGCAAGCUCGGCGUGCUUGCCUUGGCCUCGUCUCUUGGUCUGAACUCUUCACUCCUCGAGCUCGACCUCAGCUUCAACCUCAUCUGCCAAGAGGACGUGGCUCCCCUUGCGGCAGUCCUCUCCUGGAACAAGAAGCUCCUGCUCCUCGUUGACCCUGACAAGACCUUGUUCAACUCGACCCUUCGGGUCCUCAAGCUCGACGGGAACUUUCUUGCCGACAAAGGGAUGGCGUGCAUGGCGGCCUGUAUGGCAGCAAAUCCGAGUUUGCAACGCCUCAAUCUCAAUGGCGUCAGUGCAGCUCGUGAGAGUUUGUCGCUGAUGGCGAAGGCCAUCGAACUCAGUGAGGGGACGAUACGGCAUGUUGAGAUUGCAGACAACAACCUUUGCGAUGAAGACUUCCAACCGCUCGUGCAGGCGUUGAGCUCGAAGAUGAAGCAGCAAGGCGAGGCAGAUGUGCAGGAUCAACAUCUGAUGUCAUACCUCAACGUUCGAGGCAACAGAGUGAAUGACACAACAGCUGACACGUUGGCAAAGUUCGUUAGCAAGCUGGACAGGAGCUGA